GGCGAGUUUCUUGAAUGCAGAUGUUCGCACAUUACCCAGCCCUCCGCACAUACUACAUUUUCAGCUUUUCCUUGAGAUGGGAAGUUUUAAAAGAAUUGGUUCUUUUGUGUAAGAAAGAAACUUGGACCUUGUUUCCAGAAUAGCGUCAGGAAGGACUUGUGCGUUUCCCGUGGGCUCUCCCAGCCUCCGAAGGUGAUGGGGGCUUUGCUCUGAGUUGACGUGGUGACCGUGGUGGGAUUUCUGAUGUAGCGAGAGGAAAAGCCCGCCGGAUGCUCAGAUUUACUUGGAUCAGUCAUUCCGAGGGAACAUAGUCUAGAGGGGAAUGCAUACCUGUGAAGAACUCAACAAUGAUUUAUUCAUGAGCCUCAAGACUUCUGCUCCGUCCUGAGGAUAUAGCUGUGCAAAGGAUGGUCACAGUCCAUUGCCCUCUAGUGGUUUAUAAGCAAUUUUAAUUUGGUGUGGAUGACUACAGCUCAGAGUCUGAUGUGAUUAUUAUACCUUCAGCCCUGGACUUUGUCUCACAAGAUGAAAUGUUGACGCCACUGGGGAGAUUGGACAAGUAUGCUGCAAGUGAGAACGUAUUUAACAGACAAAUGGUGGCCCGGAGUUUGCUGGAUACAUUGAGGGAAGUCUGCGAUGAUGAAAGAGAUUGUAUUGCUGUUUUGGAAAGAAUUAGCAGAUUAGCUGACGAUUCAGAACCAACUGUGAGAGCAGAGCUGAUGGAACAGGUGCCUCAUAUUGCAUUGUUUUGUCAAGAAAACCGGCCUUCAAUCCCAUAUGCUUUUUCCAAAUACUUACUACCUAUUGUGGUUAGAUAUCUCGCAGAUCAGAAUAAUCAGGUAAGAAAAACAAGUCAGGCAGCUUUGCUGGCUCUGUUGGAGCAAGAGUUAAUUGAGCGAUUUGAUGUGGAGACCAAAGUGUGCCCUGUCCUCAUAGAGCUAACUGCCCCAGAUAGCAAUGACGAUGUGAAGACAGAAGCUGUGGCUAUAAUGUGCAAAAUGGCUCCCAUGGUUGGGAAGGACAUUACAGAGCGUCUUAUCCUGCCUAGGUUUUGUGAGAUGUGCUGUGAUUGCAGAAUGUUUCAUGUUCGAAAGGUCUGUGCUGCCAACUUUGGAGAUAUCUGCAGUGUAGUUGGCCAGCAAGCUACUGAAGAAAUGCUGCUGCCUAGGUUUUUUCAACUUUGUUCUGAUAACGUAUGGGGAGUCCGGAAAGCUUGUGCUGAAUGCUUCAUGGCAGUUUCAUGUGCAACAUGUCAAGAAAUCCGACGGACUAAAUUAUCAGCACUAUUUAUUAAUUUGAUCAGUGAUCCUUCACGUUGGGUUCGCCAAGCAGCUUUUCAGUCUCUGGGACCUUUCAUAUCUACUUUUGCUAAUCCAUCAAGCUCAGGCCAGUAUUUUAAAGAAGAAAGCAAAAGUUCAGAAAAUACGUCAGUAGAAGACAAAAAUAGAGAGGGGAAGGGAGAAGAAGAGAGAGGUAGAAUCAUCAAUGAUGAGAGAGAAUCAUGGAUUGGCUGCCUCCUGCAUAUCCCCGACUGGGGAUUGAGCCCACAACCCAGGAUCAGAGAUCAAGAAGUCCCAGAGGAUGUACAAAUCAGGACAGAGGAUGUUCCUUCAGAUCCCAGUAUUAGUAAUUCCAGUGUCAAACUGGGAAACAUGGAAGAUCAUACUGAAACAACUAGGAAAUCUCCAGGUGAAAUAAGUGUUCCAAUGGACAGUUCUUUACUUUGUACUUUGUCCUCAGACUCUCAUCAGGAAGCAGCUAGUAAUGAAAAUGAUAAAAAACCUGGUAACUCCAAAUCUACAUUACGGCCAGAGGUUGGCACCAGUUCACAAGAUUCUGCUCUUUUAGAUCAGGAAUUAUACAACUCUUUCCAUUUCUGGAGGACUCCUCUUCCUGAAAUAGAUCUAGAUAUAGAACUUGAGCAGGGCUCUGGGAAUAAACUUAACCCAGAGAGACCAGAAGAAACACCUGAAGCAACCAUACCAGGUUCUUCAAACAUCACUAUGGCCACCAGAAAGGAACUUGAAGAAAUGAUAGAAAAUCUAGAGCCGCAUAUUGAUGAUCCGGAUGUUAGAGCACAAGUGGACGUGCUGUCUGCUGCGCUGCGAGCUUCCAAUCUGGAUGCUCACGAAGAGGCCAGCGAUACAGAAAAGAGAAGUGAUGUGCAAGAUGAACUGUGUGUCAGUGAGCAACCAAACUGUAAAAUAAAUCAUGAUGCCUCCGUGCCUUUAAUCAGCGAUGCUGUUGAGAACAUGGACUCCACCCUUCGUUAUAUUCAUAAUGACUCAGACUUGAGCACUAGUAGUAGUUUCAGCCCUGAUGAGGAAAGAAGACCUAAAGUACAAGACGUUGUGCCUCAGGCUCUAUUAGAUCAGUAUUUAUCUAUGACUGACCCCUCUCGUGCACAGACAGUCGACACUGAAAUUGCUAAGCACUGUGCAUACAGUCUUCCAGGCGUGGCCCUGACCCUUGGCAGGCAGAACUGGCACUGCCUAAGAGAGACUUACGAGACUCUGGCAUCAGACAUGCAGUGGAAAGUUCGAAGAACUUUAGCCUUCUCCAUCCAUGAGCUUGCAGUUAUUCUCGGAGAUCAAUUGACAGCUAUAGAUCUGGUUCCAAUUUUUAAUGGAUUUUUAAAAGACCUCGAUGAAGUAAGGAUAGGUGUCCUUAAACACUUGCAUGAUUUUUUGAAGCUUCUUCAUAUUGACAAAAGAAGAGAAUAUCUUUAUCAACUUCAGGAGUUUUUGGUGACAGAUAAUAGUAGAAAUUGGCGUUUUCGAGCUGAACUGGCUGAACAGCUGAUCUUACUCCUAGAGUUAUACAGUGCCAGAGAUGUUUAUGAUUAUUUACGCCCCAUUGCUCUGAAUCUAUGUGCAGAUAAAGUUUCUUCUGUUCGUUGGAUUUCCUACAAGUUGGUCAGUGAGAUGGUGAAGAAGCUGCACAUGGCGACACCACCAACAUUUGGCGUGGACCUCAUCCAUGAGCUUGUAGAAAAUUUUGGUAGAUGUCCCAAGUGGUCUGGUCGUCAAGCCUUUGUCUUUGUCUGCCAGACUGUCAUUGAAGAUGAUUGCCUUCCCAUGGAACAGUUCGCUGUGCAUCUGAUGCCACAUUUGCUAACCUUAGCAAACGAUAGGGUUCCAAAUGUUAGAGUGCUCCUUGCGAAGACACUACGACAAACUCUGCUAGAAAAAGAUUAUUUCCUAACCUCGGCCAGCUGUCACCAGGAGGCUGUGGAACAGACCAUCAUGGCUCUUCAGAUGGAUCAUGACAGUGACGUCAAGUACUUUGCAAGCAUCCACCCUGCCAGCACCAAAAUUUCUGAAGAUGCUAUGAGCACAGCUUCCUCAACCUACUAGAAAGCUUCAGCCUCGGUGUCUUUCCCGCUUCCUAGGAAGCCGAGGUUCGACACGCGAUCCACACGCAUGUGAGCUGGACACUUUGAGGAUGAAGAGAGACCUUCCUCUCUUGCAGACUUAAUUGCAGAUGCAAGUUGCUUACACCGACACCAGGGAUUUUAAGAGUCAAGAGAAAGUACAGUAAACACUAUUAUCUUAUCUUGACUUUAAGGGAAAAUAAUUUCUCAGAGGAUUGUAAUUGUCACCGAAGCCUUAAAGCCUUCUGUCUUCCUGACUGAAUGAAACUUGAAUUGCAGAGCAUUUUCCUUAUGGAAGGGACAAGAUUCCCAGAGACCUGCGUUUCUUCCCCUGGUUUUAUUUAAUGACCGAUAGAUGGAAUUAUAGCCAGACGGCGGCUGUGAGCCAGGACACGAGAGAGACCUUCAGUAUUAACCUCACUGUUUCCACACAGGCAAGGACCUGUGCGCCUGUGACUAGCCGCCCAGUCCAGCCCUAAGUGUGAAUAGUUUUUGACGUGUGUUAAUGGGAAAGGAGAUUUUUUUAAUUUCUCAUAAGGGCUUGAUGGUAACACUAAAGUAGACUAUGAUUUUAACUCAUAAAUGCAGCAUAUUGCUGUACACAUUUACGUGUGCCGAGUUAUCUAUGUCCUGAAUUUUUUCAUGCUGGUCAUGACCUGAAUGGCAUAUAUUAGCACGUAUAGUGUGUCAGGUGUUUUUAACUGGAUCAUGAUCAGCCCUGAGGUGCAUCUUUUCCUUCCCAUACUGUACAUACCUGUGACACUCUUAGGAGUGCUGCAGUCUUUAAUCAUGCUGUUUAAAACUGUUGUGGCACAAGUUCUCUUGUCCAAAUAAAAUUUAUUAAUAAGAUCUGUAUAGAGAGAUAUAUACAGUUUUGAUUGUUUUAUAGAUGUCUGCGAAUAAAUGCAAUUUGUGACCUGUAUUAAUGAUUUAGUAUAAAAUGGGAAAACUAGAUUAAAAAUAUGUCUUUUAA